CUGGACUUGCUGGUAUGUUUUUGGGUCACUGCUGCAUAACCCAAGUGCUCUCAGAGCCUUAACACACUGAGCCAAUACUACCCCAUUUUAUUCAUGAUGGCAAGAGGGAAUUACUUUUUACACAUAGGGCCAGAAUUUGUUACAGUUCUGGCUGAAAUACAUGUCAGAAUUGGAGAUCGUAUUGUUCUUCAAUGUCAGGCAAACACAGAAGAUGCAACCCUAUCAUGGGAGAAGGACAGCCAUACACUAUCUUGUGUAGAGGGCAAGCACACUGUGAGGAAAACCGGUACAACAUGUGUCUUGGAAAUUUCGAACGCUCAGGAAAGUGAUGAAGGGAAUUACACUCUAACCCUGAGCAACAGCUCAGGUUCAGCUUCAUGCUCUGCCCUUGUCAGAGUCGAAAUUAAGGAAUGGAGAAAAGUUCAAUGGACACAAGACAGAAUGUUAAGUUCUCUUAAGGCAUUUAAAAUAUGUAAUAAAGUCCAAGAACUCUGCUUCCUUCUAUAUGGACCUGUUGGAGCAGGAAAGUCCAGCACCAUAAACACCAUCAGAACCCUUUUUGAAGGACGUCAGUUUGUAAACUGUCUGGCUGCUGCAGACUCUACUGAGAGUCACACUCUAUGUAAGCAGAUGAGCAAGGGGUGCACACUCAUGAUGUCAUCAGUGAUUUAAAAGGUCAU